AUGACUACCUCUACUGAUCCAAUUAAAAUAGCCACAAAAAAGGAAGCUGAAGAAUUUUUCAAUAAAUUUGAUACAUUCCUUUUCGAUUGUGAUGGUGUCUUAUGGUUAGGUGAUUAUUUAUUACCAUACACAAAAGAAUUUCUAGACAAGUUGAAUAAAAUGGGUAAAAAAGUUUACUUUGUCACAAAUAAUUCCACAAGGGCACGUGCCUCUUAUCAAAAGAAAUUCAAAGCUUAUGGUAUCGAUGUUAAAAUUGAUCAAAUUUACACAUCUGCUUUUGCAUCUGCUAUUUACGUUCGUGAUUUUUUGAAAUUACAACCUGGUAAAGAUAAAAUUUGGGUUUUGGGUGAAAGUGGUAUUAUGGAUGAGUUAGAAACUCUAGGUUAUGAAGCUUUAGGUGGUACAGAUCCCCGUUUAAAUGAACCAUUCGAUGCUAAGACAUCACCCUUUUUGAAGGAUGGUUUAGACCCAAAUGUUCGUGCUGUUAUUGCAGGCUUAGACCGUGAAGUUAACUAUCAUCGGUUAGCAGUGACUUUGCAAUAUCUAAGAGAGGGUGAAGAUAAAGUAUCUUUCAUUGGUACAAACAUUGACUGUACUUUUCCACAAAAAGAUUAUAUUGUGCCCGGUGCUGGCUCUAUCAUCGCCUGUGCAGCUUGUUCCUCUAGACGAGAACCAAUCUAUUGUGGUAAACCAAAUAUGAAUAUGUUAGACAGUAUUAUAUCACAUGCUAAAUUGGAGAAGUCUAAAAUGUGUAUGGUUGGUGAUAGAUUGAAUACUGAUAUCAAGUUUGGUUACGAAGGUAACUUGGGUGGUACACUUUUAGUUCUUUCUGGUAUUGAAACAGAAGAAAGGGCAUUACAUGUUACUGAGGAAUACCCAAGACCAAGCUACUAUGUUGGUAAACUUGGCGAUAUUUACGAAUUAAUAAAAUAA